CGCCUACAACUACACAUCAAACCACACCACAACAACAUCACCAGCAUCAACACCGCCAUCAUGCCUCGUCAAUCCCGUGGUCCAGCUUCCGCUCCAAGGCGCCCAACCGUCCAGCAGCGCCCAGCCCCACCAACCCAAGCCCGCCCAGCAUCGACCUCCGCCGCGCAGCCUCAGCGACCACAAGCUCAGGCUCCUCCUCAAGCCCAAAGCGGCGGCUCCGGACUCUUCGGCCAGAUGGCCAGCACCGCCGCCGGUGUAGCAGUCGGAUCCUCCAUUGGCCACGCCGUCGGCGGCUGGUUCGGCGGCGGCAGCAGCAGCGCCCAGCAAGAGCAAGCCGCGCCCGUCGACCAGCAGGAUAACGGCAUGUACCAGAGCUCCGCGAUGAGCCAGUCCAACGCCGCUCAGGGCGCUUGCGCGAACGAUGUCAACAAUUUCCGUCAGUGUAUGGAUCAGAACCAGGGGAGUCUGACGAUUUGUGGGUGGUAUUUGGAUCAGUUGAAGGCUUGUCAGCAGGCGGCUAGUCAGUAUUAGAUGGAUGUGGGGGAGGAGAGGAGGGGAUACAGGUGGCGAGAGGAGGAGCAGGGGAAUGAAGAAGGAGUAUCGAGGACUGAGGAAGAGAGCGCUGGACCAUCUGUCAGAUGAAUGUUUUGCAUUGCAUUGAAUGGAGCAGAAGAUAUGGGUUUGCUGUACAUACACAAGAACACCACACUCUGUCCCGUUUC